CUGCACUGUAUCUCUUAAAAGACCUCCACAUAAUAACUCACGCACAUAAUCAACACAACUAACUGACCAACACCAAACUACCUUCGAUCUGGAUGCCAAGAGCCAUGGCCUGGACUUCUAGAUUAAUCACCAUUGCUGUUCUGAUCGCCCUCAUGGGAUGUUUCACUGGUGCACAAGCCAACUAUCGUCGUCCCACUCGUGUUGGCGUGAGCUGCUGUAAGGAAGUGUCAGGAGGAAGAAUCCCUGCUUCAAUUAAACUGAUGGGAUACAAGCAUCAGAAUGCUCUGAGUCCAUGUGUGGAUGCUAUAAUAUUCUACACAGAGAAGGAAAAGUUAUGUUCAGAUCCAAAAGCACCCUGGAUUAAAAACCGUCUGAAUGGUCUGAAGAAGAUAGUGGACUAAGAAAAUGGAGGACUAGAUGAUGCUGAAAAUCUAUCUAUACAGUAUAUGUAAUCAAUCUAUCUAUUAAAAAGAGAAUAUAUAUUCUGUAUGUUUAUUUAAG